GCGGGGCGGGGGGCGGCUCCGCGGCGAUCCGGGAUGUCGGGCUGGUGACGUAGCGCAAAGCGGGAAGGGCCGCGUCGGAUUCGCCCCCUACCCCCGGCUGCCGCCACCGCCACCCCCCCGGGCCUCCGAGCAUCCGCCCCCGCCAUGGGCAGCGCCGCGGCGGUGGGAGCGGGUGGCACACCGAGCCGCGCCGGACAUGGGCCAGGCCCCGCCGCCGCGUGAGCACCAGCAGCUUUGUCCGCGCCCGCCCCGGGCUGAGCCGUGAGUGUGGCGAGUGCCGUGUCCACCGGGAGGGGGCGGGAGCCGUGGUGACCGCGGAGCAGGGCGGUGGGUGCCAUGAAUAGCAGCUGCACGUCCCCCGCUGCCACCGCCCGCCGCCGCCUGCAGCACCGGGAUCGAUAGAGGUGGGGGCUGCAGACGCGCCAUGGCCGGCAGCGGCUACACGGACCUGCGGGAGAAGCUCAAGUCCAUGAUGCCCUACCGGGAUGGCCACAAAGGCGGUGGCGGCAGCCUCCCACGGGAGCCCCCUGAACCCCCCUACGACCGCAAGCGUCGGCACCAGGAGGACUCCAGCUCUGAGCCCAGCGACUAUGAGGAGCAGAAGGAAGAGGAAGAAGCUCGGAAAGUCAAGAGCGGCAUCCGCCAGCUUCGCCUCUUCAGCGCUGAGGAGUGUGCCAAGAUUGAAGCACGGAUCGAGGACGUGGUGUCCCGGGCAGAGAAGGGGCUCUACAAGGAGCACACAGUGGAUCGGGCGCCGCUGCGGAACAAGUAUUUUUUCGGGGAGGGCUAUACCUACGGCUCCCAGCUGCAGAGACGGGGGCCCGGCCAGGAGCGCCUGUACCCACGGGGAGAGGUGGACGCCAUCCCCGAGUGGGUGCAUGACCUGGUGAUCCGGAAGCUUGUGGAGCACCGGGUGAUUCCCGAGGGCUUUGUGAACAGUGCUGUCAUCAACGACUACCAGCCAGGGGGCUGCAUUGUCUCCCACGUGGACCCCAUCCAUAUCUUUGAGAGGCCCAUCGUCUCCGUCUCCUUCUUCAGCGACUCGGCACUCUGCUUUGGGUGUAAAUUCCAGUUCAAACCCAUCCGGGUCUCGGAGCCCGUUCUCUUCCUGCCUGUGAAGAGGGGAAGCGUCACGGUGCUCAGUGGGUACGCAGCCGAUGAAAUCACACACUGCAUUCGACCACAGGACAUCAAGGAGAGAAGAGCUGUCAUCAUCCUCCGAAAAACAAGACUAGAUGCGCCUCGAUUGGAAACAAAAUCCCUGAGUAGCUCUGUGUUGCCACCAAGUUAUAACUCUGACCGUCUGUCGGGAAACAACCGGGACCAGAUCCUGAAACCAAAGCGGUCCCAUCGCAAAGCAGAUCCUGAUGCUGCUCACAGGCCACGAAUUCUAGAAAUGGAUAAAGAGGAGAACAGGCGCUCAGUCCUCCUACCAAAACAUAGGAGAAGGAGCAACUUCAGCUCCGAGAACUAUUGGCGAAGGUCUUAUGAGUACACAGAGGACUGUGAUGAGGAAGAGGAGGACGGCAGCCCAGCCAGGAAAGUUAAAAUGAGGCGACACUGAGGAUUGCACUUUCCAGGCUCGUGGAGCUGAUGUGAUUGGCCUCCAGUCUGUGAAAACUUUCUCCUCCCUCUGGCUCUCUUCCAUCUAGCUUCAGUUUUGGUUUUUCCUUUCAGGCUGAAGAGUAAACGGGAAGGAUCUAGCAAUUUGUUUUUAUGAAUGGAGGAAUGCAAAGACGUACGUAAGGAUGGAACAUGUCCAGUGCACAUGGUGUCCUGAGUCAUGGGUCAAGCAGGCAUCUCUCCCUUAGGAAGCAGAUAAAGUUGUGCCAGGCUGUCUGUUGGGAUUUCUUUUGAAAACACCAAAAAGUUUAACUGUUUCAUUGCGCAAGAUUCAAGAAUUGUAUUUUUGUUUCUUUUUGCUUUAACUUUCUUCCUUUCCAAAUGUUCUAAAUAUGUUGUUUGACCCCAGGAGCUGAAACUCUCUGUGGUGGCCUCGUAGUCCUUGUUUCACCAAAGGGCUUCUUGGUCUGCUCUUCCUUAGUUGUUGUUGAGUUGUGUUUUAAGGGUGACCUGCAGUUACUGGAAGUUUGAACCUUUGCGGACCCCUCUUACUGCGAUUGAUUUCAAAGGGUUUAGGAUGUUUUUGUUGCACUUUAGUACCAGUUUUAAAUGCCGUAGGUUUCCUUUCCGGUCCCUUUUCCCAAGCCAGCGUGGGCUCGCAGCUGUGUGUCCCUGCGCCGCUCUCUCCGAGAAGAAUGUAGUUAAGCUCUGGUUUCUCAGUGCUGGUCUGACCAGGGGUAUAUUUUGGUUGAGGAGGAAGGAAACUGGGCUGGCGACACUGAGGCUGGCCCAGCAUCGACCCGAGGUCCAUAUUGGAGCCUUGGGGCUGCCGAGUGAUUGAUGGCACGGAGUACAUGCUGCUUCCCAGAGCUGCAGAUAGCAAGGAGGAGUAGGAGAGACACUGUGCUUGUGCUUGCCUUGGGAUCCCUGAGAAGAGCUGUCCCCCACUGCCUGGGGGACUGGCUUUCUACCCCCUGCCCCUUUUAUCUGGAGAGAGUUGAGAUGGUGCAGCAUCCCAUCCCGAGGGACUGGCUGUCCAGAGGGGGAGCUGGGCAGCUCAGCUGCGGUUCGUCCCCUCCGAGGCUGGCUCUGGGAGCAAGGGCAUUAUGAGGGUCUAGUUUGGCCCCAGUUCCAUCAGUUCCAUGGAUUCUCCAGCUGCUACUGCAGCAGUUGCCUGCCUCCUCUGGGCUUCUUCCUGCCUGUAUUCCUGGGAUAGGGAGUUUUCUGGAUGGUACAGAGAAUGCAGAGAAGAAUCAGGCAUUUGGCCCUGCAGAGUUAGUGUUGGAAAGUGCUGCCUUCCUCCUCUUCUCCCACCCGGUUUGCGUUAGCCCAGACCGAAGCCUCGGUGUUUUCAAAGGUUGGGGCCCAACACCAUAUUUAGAACUGCUCUUUUAAGAAACUUCCUCCAAUUGAUUCUUUGAACCCAAAUGUUGGCAGUUAUAAGGAAUAGUCUUAUUUUUAAAUUUUUACUGCUUUGCCCUCCCUCAGAUUGUAGUUUUCCUUAGUGUUGUGUCCCCCCCACACUUCACGGUCUGCACGCUUGGCAAUAAAAAGAUGUAAUAUAUUUUGAAA